GCAGCAUUCAUCAAAGGAAGAUACGAACUGACGUUAGGGUUUUGCUGAGAUGGGGGACGACGAUGUUACGAAUGCCUGGCCCAAAAUUGUUCCUGAUAGAAAGGCGUUUUGGCCCCGUGGACAUAAACCUUGCGAUGCGGUUAAGGAGAAGAUCCUGUCUGCGUUUCGUAAUGUAAAAUCGUUUCCCUUAAAGAGGAUAAUCAUUCAGUUUUGGGAACCGUUGGAAAUCAUUGCCGGUGUGAGAGUCCUUUCAUGUUUUGGUAACCCUUUUGCCCUCUCUCCUGUUAACUAUCGUCUCCGCAAAUACAGGUCACUUUGUGUGAGGUAUUACUAUGCUAUUAUUCUUAAUAAUAAUGAUGGGCUUCAAGUAGACCACCCUGAUAUGAUCAUCAGCGGUGCUCCCCCGGCUACUGCAUAUCUCAACCUGUUUCCAGAGGUGGUUCUGGAUCUUGGCCUUCACCGCGGAACUCCACUCGUAGAUCUUGCUUUGGAAUGUGAAUUGACUUGUUUCAUGAUGAUUCCUGUGUUUUCUGAAGCUGGGUGUGUUGGCGUGGUUGAAGUAUCUAUGAGAAUUCCGGCUGAUCUUAUUGUAAUAUUCAAUGAUUUAAAACGUCAACUAAAGGAAGUGGGCUUGUGUAUCUGUCCCCCAUGGCGAUUUGUGCGUCCAUACAAAGCUUUAAGCGUCGGUGAUCUAACACUUGCCACUACUGAAAUUAGGAAGGCAUUACAAGUGGUUGUACAAUCACAUGCCAUAACGCUAGGUCAAGUUUGGAUGCCUUAUGAGAGUCGGCGUUGCCAGAUGAGCCGAAUGUUACUGGGCAAAUUACCAGGUUAUUGCGUUGUUAAUCCAGCCGGCGUUCAUCUGUCGUCUAUUGAGCUUUUUUUUCAUGGCUUUCAUUGCCUUCCUUUGAAAAUGGGGGAGGGGCUUGUUGGGAGGACACUUGCAACUCGUCAACCACACCUGUGCAGAAACAUUCACAAGUUGAGUGAUAAUAGGGGGGUGUUGGCGGUACUCUCUGCCAAUUUCAAGUGUGCUUCUUUUGUGAUAUGCUUGACGAGCUCUCUCACAGGAGAAGUUAACUACGUGUUUGAGUUCUUUUGGCCCCAAACUCUUGACCACUUGGCCUUGAUGGAGGCUCUGUUAUUGACGCUAAGGGAGCAUUUGCCAAGUUUCAAGUAUGCUUCUGGGGCACGACUUGGUGAUGAAUUACUUGUUGUAGAUGUUGACAAUUCUUCUUCUUCAGGAAGUGCGAGCACACCUCUCAAGAUCUUCCCACGAAACAAAUCAUCAGCAGCGGGUAGGAAGAGAACAAGGGCAUCAGUAGUUAUGAAGAGAGAGUCCCUUGAGGGCCAAAGUGAGUUGACCAACAUCAUCAAUUCAGAAGGUGAGGAUGAUGAUCUAAUCAUAUUUGCAGUUUAUAAAGUUGACUACAGGUUACUCUUCCUCCCAAGCUCAUCCACAUAUGACAAUUUUAUGGAGAAAAUUAAGCAGGAGUUUGAGUUGAAUCCAGCUGGGACCUACAAGAUCAAGUACCAAGUUCUUCCCGGAGAAUGGUAUAGUCUAACAGAUGGCACAUGCUUAAAGAGUUGCGUCUCAUCAUAUCGGACAUCAAAGAACAUUGAUCAUGUUAAGUUACUUGUGCUGGCAGCGGAUGACUAAUACUUAGUUUCUUGUUUUAUUUUGAGCCAUAUAAACUAUAAAGGGGUUAGUUGAGUUUUUGGUAAACCACUUCUCACAUCAUUACAACUAGAAAACAUGAAUUGACAAAAUCGCAAGCUAGAUUCUUCAUGUUACUCUCAAAACAAGCUCACUCACUCACUGCUUGUGCCUUGUGUAAGUCAUUAGGUUUGGAUUUUAAAUAGACAGUUUUUGAUAAAUCAUUUUGA